UUUAGAAUUUAUUUCCAUCGGAAAAUUACAACAUGCAGUAUAAUUUUCUGGUUUAUCUAAAACAAAAAACAAUAACACACUUGUCACCGUCUGAUCUGCGUUAAAAUUUUAUUUUUCAAAAAUUCGAACCGUCAUUUUUAACGCGAAAAAGUUAGGUUAAAACUCGGACCUCCCGAAUGGUCGGUAGAGCAAAGUUUCAAAACCUCUGUAAAAGUUUUGGAAGCAACCAAAAUGUCAACUUUGGAGUAUUCCGAAUCACUUCGAGCCUGGAGAAGAUCUUCAUGGAAAAACGUCCACAACUGUCAACUGUGUCCAUAUUUUACAACAUCGGUUUUCUUUAUGGUGAACCAUGUGCGACGACACCGUUCAUCUCAGGAAAAAAAUACGUGCGAAAACGCCAAAAUUGAACCUUAUUACUGCAAAGACUGCGAUUUUAAAACGGAACUAACGAUUCUGUUCAAACAACACAUUAAUAAAAAUCACAGCUUUAAACACGAUUUAUCAAUUGAGGACUUCAGUGUACAAAACUACGUUUGCGAAAAGUGCAAUUUCGAAACAAAUCUGUCAUUGAAGUGGAUUCAACACACUUCAGAAUGCACGGGAAUAAAAAAAAGUGUGAGUUCUGUGAAACAGGACACAAAUAUUUUCCACUUCAAGAAAAUUGACGGAAAAAGUUGGUACUAUUGUACCGAAUGUUCCUACAAAGUUAGAAAUAAAUCCACGAUAAAGCGUCAUAUGGGGAAACAUGAUUUAAACAAACGAUAUGCGUGUGAUAAUUGUCCAUUUAAAACCAGAUGGAAAAAAAGUUUAGAAGAUCAUUUAAAACGAAACCACUUAGACGAACAAGAUGUUAAAUGGCACAGAUGUGAAAAAUGCCCUUGGAAAAAUAUACGAAAAAGUCAGUUAAUCAGGCACAUGAACAGCUUACACUUGAAAGAAGAAGAAGGUGAAUGGUACCACUGCAAUCAGUGUCCAUACAAAACCAGGCAUAAAUCUGAUUUAAAAAUCCACGCUAUUUUAAAACAUGAAGAAAAAGUUAUAUGGUACGAAUGCGACCGCUGCCAAUUUAAAACUAGGACCAAAAGAUACUUAAAACACCACGUGAGUGUCAUCCAUUUAAAGAAACAAAACGCUAAAUGGCAUAAUGAAACGUGUUCAUUUGACGUAAAUUCGUUUGAAGACGUUAAAUUGAAAAAUAAGCGGUAUGAAUGUAAAUAUUGCCCAUUCAAAACUAAAUGGCGCUUGAGUUUGCGAAGACACGUAAUUUCUCAACAUCUGGAUGAGAAAGAAAUUAAAUGGCACGAAUGCGAUAAAUGUCCUUUCAGAAGUAAAUUUAUUUCAGUAUUAAAGAAACACAACGAUUAUAAACACUCAGAAGAAUCAAGGUGGUAUGAAUGUGCGAAGUGUUCGUAUAAAACUAAAAUAAAAAGAUAUUUAAUGCAGCAUGUACACGUUCAUUUUGACUUCAAACCGUAUCAGUGCGAAUAUUGUCCAUAUAAAACGAAACGUAGUUGUUAUUUAAAGAUUCAUUUAAGUCACCGCCACAUAAGUCAGAUGUAUCCAGAUGGUACAGAUGUUAAAUUGUAG